UUUCCUUAAAGGGGGAGUUUCAUUCAUGUGUCUCUGAAUAUAAAAUUUUAUAAUUUUUUUUUUAAAUACUUCUUUCUCAUUCCUUCAUGUCUACUUUACAAAAACGGUCGAGACAUGCUUCCCUGAUACCUAAAGCUAAGCCAACCGAAUUAAAUAAUUGGGUAGAUGACCGUAAAACUCGUAGUUUGUCAGUGCCUGACUUGCACAGGUUAAGAAACGAAUGGGAUACAUAUCAGCAAUCCGAUACUAUACAUUCAAUAUCAGAAUCAAUGCUACAGGCAAGAAAUUUAGUGUGCAUUCAUUUACUAACGUUGCUGAUAGUCAUACUAUAGAUUGACUUGUUAAAUAUUCGUAUGGAUUGUGACAUAAAAAAGCCUCAAAUUAGAUUAAAAAUGGGUCCCUCAAGAUAUUUCUCAAAGAGGUCCGAUAGUGUCACAGGCGAUUGGAACGAAGGUUUUUUAUUUCUUGUGUCGUAUCAUGCCCAAUUGUUUAAUACGGUUGAGUUCGACUUAUACGACAAGCCACACAAGCAUUGGCCUACAACAAAGCAUGUUGGAAAAGCUAAAUUAAGGUUAUCCAAACUCGAAGGAAAAAAUGACGUCUUUGUAACUUUUUUGCCCAUAUACGAAUAUCGUUCAAAACGUCUACUGCCUUCUGAUUUUCAGCCUACCCUAUUAGAGACAGAAUGGAUCGACCAGGCUAGUAUACACAAUAAGGUUGGAGAUCUAAGCUUGAUUGGGUCUAUACAAAUACGGGUUCGAUACAAGUUUCAAGAACCUGUGCACGAACUGAUACCUAAUCGCAAUAUUUUGGCAGACGACGAACCCGCAUUUUUGUCACCUGGAUUACAUCCACUUACUACAGCAACCACUCGCCGUUCUUCCUACGGUCGAGCAGACUUAGCACAAGAUGAGGAAUACGUCGAUAAUUUAUUUGAGAAACGACUUACACAAGUGAUGUCUGCGCAUAUACCUUCAGAACAGAGCAUUGGAGCACACAAAAAGAAGAAACGUAAUUUAUUUCAACUGCAUCGAAAUGCUUCUUUUCAAUCCAUUGCAAGUUAUCAAAUGCACUGGAUACAUGGUUUAUUUUCUCCUGCAAAAAAAUUGCCAAAUUCGUCAAGUGGUAGAAGGUUUGGCUUUUCUCAAAACGAUUCUGAUGAUAACAACCGAUUCAAUCCGGAUGGUGAGGAUGACCAAGAAAGCGAAUCGAGUUCUUUGUCUUCUUCUGCUCCAGUAUCUGAUCGUUUCGCUCAUGGUGCACGUAAAAAGGCACAGCAUAUCAUCGACAGUGUGAAUUUUGGUGAUAGGAAUUUCGCUUCACAAUGGAUGGCAGAUUCAUUUGAGGAUGUUGCUCUAUCUCAUCCGAUUGUAGAUAAGCUUAUUGGGCUCGUUGUGAGUAAACAGACACAGGCCAUGGUACGAGCGAUUAUCAAGACAGCAAACUCAUUUGGUCAAGGGUUCCGUGUAACAGGGAUUAAGUUAUUAAAAUCUGCUUUAUUAGUUCAGAGUUUCUACGAAUCUUUACCCAGACCUGUGGAAUCUGCUUCGAUUACGGAUAUUGAAGUGAUCGAUGACGCAUGCCAUUAUUUCGCUUUUGCUCUGGUUGCGUAUGGAUGGCGUGGAUUAUGUUACAUUGGUCCCUAUGGACAAUAUGCUCGUGGUGCCCGAGAUCGCAGAUCCAACCGAUUAGCCAUCAUUCGUUUUUUACAGAUUGACCCAGAAGAUUUGUUGGGAUACGAGUAUGCAUUAAGAAAGGGUGCUUCUUUUCAGCCGAGUUAUUACGUCGCGUUGGAUAGGAAAAGGGAUGCGAUUGUACUUAGUAUUCGGGGUACAUGGAGCUUAUAUGAUGCGAUCACAGAUUUGGUAUGUGAAUAUAUGCCUUGGAAAGGAGGUCUAGUUCAUUCGGGUAUGCUGGCAUCUGCUCAGUGGUUUUAUACAAACAUUAUACCGCAGAUAUUUCGAUAUAUUCAUCAUCAUAAACUGGAAUUGAAAAGCUUUAUUAUUACUGGACACUCUUUGGGAGGAGGAACUGCAAGUUUACUGACAAUGAUGGUAGCAGAUCAUGUUCAAGAAUUGCGGAAUUUAGCAGACAAUCAACAAUUUAAUUUUCAUUGCUAUAAUUAUGCUCCUGCUGCAGUGAGUUCACCAGAUUUAUGUAAUAUGUACCGAGAUUAUAUCACGAGUUUUGUUUGUCAGGAUGAUGUAGUAGGUAGAUUAUCUUAUGGUACUGCCAUGAAAUUAAAGGAGCUUGUAUUGGAUAUGAUUAGUGCUUAUGAAAUGUUAGGAGGCUUCAGGACGGUGAGCUUUUAAUCAAUGAUCCUAACAGGAGUUGUACUCAUAAAUUUUUAGGCCAUGACUGAUCCCAAGGCAAGAAAAUUGUGUUUUCAAAUAGCCAGUCAACGUCGGGAAAAACUUGAUGCAGACUCGAUGUACCCAUCUUUGUACAUUCCUGGGCAAAUUAUUCAUAUCCAACGAAAGGAAUCAACUUACUCUUUACACUAUACCACACAUGUAAUUUCCAAUGAAAUGAAACUGACAAAGACAUGCAUCGAAGACCAUAUGAUUUCCGCUUACCAGAAUGCUUUUGUUGCACUACGAGAACAGUAUCACCCUUAAUGCUGAGCAUAGUAAUAGAAGAAAUAGAUUAAAAAAAACUUUUAAUAAAAGCGUCACACAGUGGGCUGG